AUGUCAUUGUCUGCCAAAGAAGCUUUUGCCAAGCUUCCUCAGAAACUACACAACUUUUUCAUCAAAUACCCACCAAGACCUUUCGCUAAAUAUGCCGAAAAACCAUCCACCGUCAACGAUCCGCACAUGAACCCAUUCUUGCCUAACAAAAACACCGACAGCGGAAGAUGGCACGGCGCUAAGUACUCUUUGAGAAGAUCGGCGGACUUAUUCAAAAUGGCCCGUAAGUUUGGCAUCCAGGAUCUUUUGCCUCCCAUCCCACACAGAAAGUUCUACGAAGACAAGUACUACCAGAAGAACUGGAUGAGAGGUGUGUUGAACCAAAAGAAACAGAAAUGGGAGAGAGAAUUGCCCGAAAAACUCAAGAACAGAGAAGAAGCCUUGGCCAAGAUGGACGAGACCAUCAUUGCCGCCAGACCAACCUACAAAGCACAGCUCAAGAAAAAGCAAAAGAAACAAAGAACUUGGUUCUGA